AUGGUCCGUGAUAAGAUGAAGAAAGCACAAGAUCGCCAAAAGAGUUAUGCGGAUCACAGGAGAAGACCAUUGGAAUUUGAUGAAGGUGAUCAUGUAUUUUUGAAGGUGACUCCGAGGUUGAGACUAAAAGGACUGUUUAAGUCACAGAUUCUAAGUACGAGAUAUAUAGGGCCAUACCAGAUUAUAGAGAGGAUUGGAGAAGUAGCCUAUAUAUUAGCUUUACCACCUUCUCUAUCAGAAAUGCAUGACGUCUUUCACGUAUCUCAACUUCGAAAGUUUAUUCCAGAUUCUCUUCAGCCUAUUCUUCCAGAUUCAAUAAAAGUAGAAGCAGAUCUGACUUUCGAACCUCUACCAAGUCGUAUUGCAGGACGAGAAGUUAAGGUAUUAAGGAAUAAGGAGAUUCCUCUUGUUAAGGUUCAGUGGGCUGAAUCGCAUCCGGGCGAUGCUACCUGGGAACUGGAGUCAGAAAUGCGAGAUGCUUACUCUCAUCUCUUCCAGAAACAACAGUUCCAAGACUAUUCCAUAAAUACUGUCAGACACGUUGCAAGCUAUGUCUUAAAGUUUGACACUGCUUUUGUCUCCAUUCUUCAUGUAUUCUCCCUAUCACCAUUUCCUAAAACCACUUUCUCACCUCCAGUGGUAGCUUGA